AAACACAAUUAUUAGCUGCUGUGAAGCUAUGUGCUUGCAUGUGAGACUCUAGUUUCUGUGGACUCUUAUCUAAUCUUCACUCCCUUUCGUCCCAGCUAAGUUUCCGAGGUCGUACCUUAUAAUGUUUUUCUGUGGAAAAUUCCAAGUUGAGCUGUAAUAAGUUUCACCCACAGUAAGCAUCCAGUUUUGAGAAACAAUACCAAAUAAGGAGAAGUAGUUAGAGCUGACUCACUCUGAACUAGCCAAUUAUCACGCACUACAUACCCACUGUUAUGACAUGUUUCUGACCAUGUGACUUUGUGAAUAAAAAGGCUGCGCGUGCUUUGAAAGGUGGGAAGACUUUUGUGAGGCCUAGCUUCGCAUCUGCCGAAACCCCGUGUGCAUGUUAAACCAUGAGACUCGGGUGGUUUCUGACUGCAAAUGGUUUUAUCCCCAAUGAGUGUUUGGACUGCAGUUCGCAUGACACCUACCAGCUACCAUAGGAUCCUGAUCUGCCGAGGCAGAUUUUACAAGAAUGACGAGGAACGUCUCUUCUCAGAAUGAAAAGGAGGAGGCCCUGACGACUAGCGUUUGGAUCGAAAUGCAAUGGUGCGACUACAGACUCAGAUGGGACCAACCACCCCGAUCGGCUUUGUACAAGAACAUCACUUCGCAGCUCCGCGUACCCUCCAAGAACAUCUGGCUCCCUGGUGUCGUCUUGGAGAACAAUGUGGACGGACAAUUCGAAGUGGCGCUAUACAGCAACGCAUUGGUGUCACCAAAUGGCUGCGUGUACUGGUUGCCUCCUGCUAUCUACCGCAGCGCCUGUGCCAUCACUAUCAACUACUUCCCUUUUGACUGGCAAAAUUGCACCAUGGUGUUCCGCUCCCAGAACUACAGUGCCAAUGAGAUUGAACUUGUUCUGAAAAAGGAGGACAACCAAAUUCUGGAAUGGAUUGAUAUUGACCCCGAGGCCUUCACAGAAAAUGGAGAAUGGGUCAUCAAGCACAGGCCAGCAAAGAAGGUGAUCAACAGCAAAUACAGCAAGGACGACCUGGAGUACCAGGAAUUGGUUUUUUUUCUCAUCAUCCAAAGAAAGCCACUCUUCUACAUCAUCAAUAUCAUCGCUCCUUGUGUGCUCUUUUCCUCUCUCUGCCUACUUGUAUACUACCUACCCGCAAAAGCUGGAGGCCAGAAGUGCACCAUGUCUAUUGCCACUCUUCUAGGCCAGACUGUGUUUCUCUUCCUGAUUGCUAAGAAGGUCCCAGAAACGUCCAAGGCGGUUCCUCUCAUUGAAAAAUAUCUGAUGUUUGUGAUGUCUGUGACCACCAUGGUGGUGAUGAACUGCGUCAUCAGUCUGAAUGUUUCCCUGAGGACUCCAAACACUCACGUGAUGUCGGACAAAGUCAGAAAGAUCCUUCUAAACAUUUUGCCUCGGCUGCUGAGGAUGCAAAUGCAACCCUGGACACCAGAUCACGACACUUAUGUGGAAACCAGCAACGGUGACGCUACAGUAGACGAAGUUCAUAUGGUCCCGUGUCGGCGUCGCAGCUCCAUGACGCUAAUUAACAAGGCAGAGGAAUAUACAAUGAAAACAGCUCGGACUGAACUCAUGUUUGCUCGACUCAAAGAGAGAAACGGGCUAAUGAAGUCAGUGUUUGAAACGUUGAACAACGGCCUGGAAGGGGUAACGGCCGAGCGACUCAGUAUGAGCUUGGCAAAAGCUGCCCCGGAACUCAGGCAAUGUGUCGCCUCAUGUAAACACAUCGCCGAGACCACCAGGCAGCAGAAAACCUUUAAACACGAAAACGAAGAGUGGAUCCGGGUUGCCCGGGUCAUUGACAGAGUCUGCUUCAUUGUCAUGGCUCUGCUAUUUUUCGCCGGUACUAUUACAAUCUUCCUGUUAGGCCACUUCAACCAGCCUCCUCCUACGCCGUUCCUGGGGGAUCCUAAGAAGUACCUUCCCAUGACAAACAAUCUCACAGAGCAACCCGAUACCAGGACGGGAGUGGACAUUCUUGGGUGAAGCUGAUCACAACAUCCUUACCGUCUAUUUUGGUCAAAGAUAACCAAGGGUGACUGACACAUCACUGGCUGAUGUGGGUCUGUGUACUACUUUUUAGGGUCUCAUGUUUUACCAAUGCUGUAGUAAAACGACAUUUUUAAAUAUAAUCGCGUCUGAUGAAUUUCAGAUUGAAUUGCCUGUCACUGGUUUUACAAAAUGACAGUGUGUUAUUGUUGAUGUCAUAGAUUAGUGGUUGAUUUCACGUGUCACGUACUGUAUAUGAGAGUUCACAAAUUGUUUUUCAUUUUUCAUAAAUUUUUAUGAUG